CGACGGCGACGUAAGUUUCCGCGCAUUUAAUUGGCGAAGCUGGAGCGCUAGUCUUCGCUGAUUAGUACAGAGAAAUCUGCCCCAUAGACACCCGCGGGGCUCACAGUUUUAGUUAGUCUUCCGUGGGUUUCCCGCCAGCCGCAGUCUUGGACCAUAUAAUCAUGGUGGAUAUGAUGGAGUUGCCCAGGGCGCGCAUGAACGUCAGCAUGCUAACUCAGUUCAUCGACAAGCCUGUCUGCUUCGUAGGGAGGCUGGAAAAGAUUCAUCCCACCGGAAAAAUGUUUAUUCUUUCAGAUGGAGAAGGAAAAAAUGUAACCAUCGAGUUGAUGGAACCUCUUGAUGAAGAAAUAUCUGGAAUUAUAGAAGUGGUUGGAAAAGUAACCGCUAAGGCAACCAUCAUGUGUACAUCUUUUGUCCAGUUUAAAGAAGAUAACCAUCCUUUUGAUCUUGGACUUUACAAUGAAGCUGUGAAAAUUAUCCAUGAGUUCCCUCAGUUUUAUCCUUUAGGGAUUGUGCAACAUGACUGAUCCUGAUGGAUUUUCAUAUCAUUGCAAAUGAGCUCUAUUAAAGACUCUUAAAGGAGGCCCCUCUUGUUUGAGCGAGAGAUGCCUGUGCUUUCUCAUAUUUAAUUUGCUCUUUUUAAGAUAUUCCAACCUAGAGUUUUUGAUGGAACUGAUAUAUUGACAAUUCUCAUCUAAGUCCUUUUAUAAAGAAUUGCUACUCCAGUACAUGGUCAGAUUAGAUGCAAGAAUAAAGCAGUUGUCUGAGUUUAGGUUUCUAUUUUAUUAAUAAAAACUAAAAUGGUACAUAUA